AUUGUGUUUUCUCUUCUUAUUCUCUUCUUAAACUGUUAUCUCUUUUAGAUGGAUAAAUUUUAUCUAUCCAGAUGGUGUAAGGAUUUAGAAGUAUUCUGGUAACUGUGUUCUCUAUUAGGUCGCUACGGUUUCUUCUCCUUGUGCAUAUACCUGCUCCUAGCAGCUCUCUGAGUUAAGCUUCUGUGCUUCCUAAUUUAAUCUGUAAUUGUCAAAAUUAUCUUACUGAUACCGCCCUGUCCAUAUUAAGUCAUCAGGUAAAAGAAAGCAGUGUUUUUAUUUCGGGGCUUUACAAGGAAGUUAAAUAAAAAUGUUUGUUUUUCCUUGUGCUUCAGUGUAUUUAUAGUAACUUCUGUCAAAAUUACUGUGGAACAAGUAGCCUAAAGAUUAUCUAGUUUUAACUGUGUACCUUUGUUUCCUGCUCUUUAAGUAAAAUGCCCAGUUGAACAGAUUAAAGAUCAAUUUAAGCGAUAGUAUAUAAGGCAGAAAAACAGCCAGUCAGUCCUUAAUUAUUUGCUGUUUGUAUGUGUACUAUUGAUAGUACUGGUUAAGUGUUUGUAAAUUGCUCAGAAUGUUAAAUUAUGGGUGGUAAUUGUGUCUUAAGGAUUAAACCAAAAAAUUUAAACAUUUCUUUUUGUCCCAAAUACCUUUCCCUAUGACUUGCUAUAACUGUUUGUAUUUACAUUAAUCUAACAUAUUACUUUUUAUUACUUUGAAAGUAUAUAAUUAGAGUUAAAAUUACAGUUAACAUAGAUUCCUAAUUCAGAUUUAGAUAUUUACAUUUCCUGAAGUUUUUACGUGUGUAUUUGACAGUACGUCAUUAUUUGCAAAUAAAAGCAAUUUUCAGAAGCUUGCUUUUUUUUUCUUACUGUGUGAUUUGAGAUAAUUUGAAAAAAUGAAUAAUAUUAUUUUUGUUUUAUAUCAAGAAAUGGAUGAAGAGAGGCUGCUGGAUCCAGGGCUGAAGGUUCAUAAAGGCCUCUGGGAUUAUACUCUGAAGAACCAGCAGAUGGAAUGCCUGAAUGACUGAAGAAAAUGGGUGCUAAUGCAUCUAACUAUCCUCAUUCAUGUUCCCCGAGGGUAGGGGCAAAUUCACAAGCCCAACAGACCUUUAUAGGAACAUCAUCCUAUUCUCAGCAAGGCUAUGGUUGUGAAUCAAAAUUGUAUAGCCUUGACCAUGGCCAUGAGAAACCACAAGACAAAAAAAAGAGAACCUCUGGCCUUGCCACCCUCAAAAAGAAGUUUAUUAAGCGUCGAAAAUCUAACAGGUCUGCCGAUCAUGCCAAGCAAAUGCGAGAACUCCUCUCUGGGUGGGAUGUUAGAGAUGUCAAUGCACUAGUGGAGGAAUAUGAGGGAACUUCAGCCUUAAAGGAGCUUUCUCUACAAGCCAGUUUGGCUAGGCCAGAAGCCCGGACAUUGCAGAAAGAUAUGGCUGAUCUUUAUGAAUACAAGUAUUGUACUGAUGUAGACUUAAUAUUUCAAGAAACUUGUUUUCCUGUUCAUCGUGCCAUUUUGGCGGCAAGGUGUCCAUUUUUUAAAACACUGCUUUCUUCCUCACCCGAGUAUGGAGCAGAGAUAAUAAUGGACAUCAGUACAGCUGGUAUAGAUAUGCCCAUGUUUUCUGCUUUGUUACACUACCUUUAUACGGGAGAGUUUGGAAUGGAGGAUUCAAGGUUUCAAAAUGUUGAUAUCCUUGUUCAGCUUAGUGAAGAAUUUGGAACACCAAAUUCCCUUGAUGUAGAUAUGCGUGGACUCUUUGAUUACAUGUGUUAUUAUGAUGUUGUCCUUAGUUUUUCUUCAGACUCUGAACUGGUUGAAGCUUUUGGUGGAAAUCAGAACUGUUUAGAUGAAGAGCUCAAAGCUCACAAAGCUAUUAUUUCAGCACGGUCUCCAUUUUUUCGAAAUUUAUUGCAAAGGAGGAUACGGACUGGUGAAGAAAUCACAGACCGAACUUUGAGGACUCCCACAAGAAUUAUAUUAGAUGAGUCCAUUAUACCAAAAAAAUAUGCGAAAGUUAUAUUACACUGUAUGUAUACUGAUGUGGUGGACCUCUCCGUUUUGCACUGUAGCCUCUCUGUGGGGAGUCUCAGUGAAGUUCAGGCUCUCGUCGCAGGGAAGCCAAACAUGACCAGGGCAGAAGAAGCCAUGGAACUUUACCACAUAGCGCUGUUCUUGGAAUUUAACAUGCUUGCUCAAGGCUGUGAGGAUAUCAUUGCUGAGAGUAUCUCAUUAGAUACCUUAAUUGCCAUCCUCAAGUGGAGCUCUCAUCCAUAUGGCUCUAAGUGGGUGCACCGGCAAGCUUUACAUUUCCUCUGUGAGGAAUUUUCCCAGGUCAUGACUUCGGAUGUCUUUUAUGAACUCAGCAAAGACCAUCUGCUUACUGCUAUCCAGUCUGACUACCUACAGGCAAGUGAGCAAGAUAUCCUUAAAUAUCUGAUUAAAUGGGGAGAGCAUCAGUUGAUGAAAAGAAUAGCAGACAGAGAGCCAAACUUACUGAGUGGCACUGCUCAUAGUGUGAACAAAAGAGGUGUAAAAAGACGAGACCUGGAUGUCGAGGAGCUUAGAGAGAUCCUUUCUUCUCUGUUACCUUUUGUGCGAAUUGAGCACAUCUUGCCUAUAAACAGUGAAAUCUUAAGUGAUGCAAUGAAAAGAGGCUUGAUUAGUACUCCUCCAUCAGAUAUGCUUCCUACAACUGAAGGUGGAAAGUCAAAUGCCUGGUUACGGCAAAAAAACGCUGGUAUAUAUGUUCGUCCUCGACUGUUCUCCCCCUAUGUGGAAGAAGCAAAGUCAGUGCUAGACGAGAUGAUGGUGGAACAAACAGAUCUUGUGCGUUUGCGAAUGGUUAGAAUGUCCAAUGUGCCAGACACACUUUAUAUGGUCAGUAACGCUGUGCCACAGUGUUGUCACAUGAUCAGCCACCAGCAGAUCAGCAGUAACCAGUCAAGCCCUCCUUCAGUUGUAGCCAAUGAAAUUCCAGUUCCUCGUCUGCUCAUUAUGAAAGACAUGGUCAGGCGUCUGCAGGAACUCCGACACACUGAGCAGGUGCAGAGAGCCUACGCGCUUAACUGUGGGGAAGGCGCCACUGUCAGCUACGAAAUCCAGAUUCGCGUGCUCAGAGAGUUUGGGCUUGCAGAUGCCGCCGCGGAGCUCUUGCAGAAUCCUCACAAGUUCUUUCCUGAUGAGCGUUUUGGGGAUGAAAGUCCACUCUUGACAAUGAAACAGUCUGGGCGAUGUCGGGUUAACAGUACCCCUACUGCAGAAACCAUGUUUACAGAUCUGGACUCUUUUGUGGCCUUCCAUCCACCCUUGCCUCCUCCUCCACCUCCGUACCACCCCCCAGCUACCCCGAUCCAUAACCAACUGAAAGUGGGUUGGAAGCAAAGACCUCCCAGUCAGCAUCCUUCACGGUCGUUUUCUUAUCCCUGCAAUCAUUCCCUCUUUCACUCCAGAACACCUCCUAAAGUGGUCCCUCCUCCAGUCUAUUUGCCAAGUGUUAAAGCAGCACCCCCUGAUUGCACAAACACUGCAGGACUGGGGAGGCAGACAGUCGCUGCUGCUGCAGCGGCGGCAUCAGCAACAAUAACGUCUGAGAAACAAGUGUGUACACAGCCUGUGCUAAAUGAUCUAAUGCCAGAUAUCGCCAUGGGGGUAUCUACAUUGUCACUCAAGGACAGGAGGCUUCCAGAACUUGCUGUAGAUACCGAACUAAGCCAGUCAGUUUCCAAAGUAGGACCGGGGCCUCCCCAGCAUCUGUCGUGUAUUCCACAGAGGCAUACACACACUUCUCAAAAGAAACACACACUAGAGCGAAAAACAGAUGCUAGAGAAAAUCAGCAGGAGUAUCCAGAUUUCUAUGACUUCUCAAAUGCUGCUUGCAGACCUUCUACUCCUGCUCCUAGCAGACGUAGCCCUCCCCCUUCACACGGUGGAUAUUUUGGUCCCGAUUUGUACAGCCACAAUAAGUCAUCACCAAGUGGCUUAAAGUCAGCCUACCUACCUAGCCAGACCUCUCCUAAAAAACAGGAGGAAGCUAGGAGAGAAUAUCCACUUUCCUCUGAUGUGCAUCUACACAGACAAAAGAAUGAGCCGAUCCACCUCGAUGUCGUCGAACAACCUCCCCAGCGGUCAGACUUUCCUUUGGCAGCCCCAGAAAACGCUGGUAAUGGUCCAGCCCAUGUCAGGGGACGAACAGCAGUAGAAACUGACUUGACUUUUGGGCUGACUUCUAACCGACCUUCCCCUUCCGCAUGUGGCUCUGAAGCUCCAGAAGAGAGAUCCAGUAGGAGACUGGCAGACAGCGAGUCCCUGGGCCAUGGAGCCCAGAGAAACCCGGAUUUGGAAAGAGAGGAUUCAGUAAGCAGAGGAAGGAGGUCACCAAGCAAGCCCGACUUCCUCUACAGAAAGUCCGCCCUCUGAGAGCAUCCUCCACGUCGUCUGUGCCUAAGAUGUGAGACCUCCCAUUUAUGAUGGAACCCAGCAACUUACAGACCAGUUCUCCAUGCCAGCUGACGGCUCGGGCUCACAUGAUCUCAUCCUUAUUUUUGUAUAUAUGUGUUUAUCACACAUAGCAUGCUAGGAGGGUUGUUUUGAAUGCUGCAUCUGUCUGUUUUGUGUUUGAACAGUUGUGUGGGGAAGCAUUUUUAAGAGCAAGCAAGCUGGCACUUUUUUUCCUCUUUACAAAUGAUGGAAUUUUUUUGCACUUGUAUGUUUAUUUUAUCCGUAUUGGUUUUUUAUCAGUAUGCUAAACUUUAUUGCCACAUAUAAAGGACUGUAUUUUCAUACUUUUUUGCAUUUUACCUUUCAUCUACCGAUUCCCAUGUGCAUUGGAUUGCACACUAAGAUGUAUUUUCUUAUGAAAUAGUUCUGUGUUUAUUUUUUAAUUAUAGAAAUUCCAAAGAACCGCACAUCAAAAUCUUCCUCUCUUUUUAGUAAUGAUUUUAGUUCAGAAUCUUCCUGCUCGAUCUCCAUUAACAUCUUUCUUUUUUAAUAAGUCUCGGGAGCUAGUCUGCAUUCCUCCAGCGGGAGUCCACUCAGGAUCCUGAACUUUUCUGGUUCCGUAAAGAACACGGAAGGAGAAAAGCCUUCCAUGCCCAGGCUAAAGCUAUUGCUUUCUUCAGUGUGGACUGUGUACCAGAGUCACUGAAAAUUCCAGUAGUGUGCGUUCGAGUAUCACUAAAUGAUGUUCUAACGAGAUCAAAUUAAUUGGAAUUAUAAAGCAGUGGAACUAGCAAACUAAAGGUUUUACUGACUGGGUUUUGGAUUCUGAGAGUCGACUCUCCAGCUGAGAUGGGUGGAACGAGUGUUUGCUGCCUUCUGUCGUCUUGCUGUCUGUGGGAAAAAACAAAAAACAAAAGGGCUUCAGUCUUACGGAUGUCAUUUGGUGUUUGUAAGCAUAUGUUUUCUUUCAGAUGUCUUUCAAAGUAUGUCUGAAUUUUGGUGUCCUAUAAAAAGUUGUUGUAGAAUGCG